AUGACAGAGCCCAGCGCUAAGUUUAUUGAGCGGAAAGAUAAAGGGCACCUGCUAGAUGCCCCGGAUGAUCAACCAGGGACUAAUAGAGCUGGACAGUGCCAUGAUGUGAAUACUGUUGAUACUGAUGAUGGGGAUGCUGAUGAUGUGGAUGUUGAUAAUGUUGAUGCCUCCGUUGAUCAACCAGGGACUGAAAUAGCUGGACAGUGCCAUGAUGUGAAUACUGAUGAUACUGAUGAUGUGGAUGCUGAUGAUGUGGAUGCCUCUGUUGAUCAACCAGGGACUGAAAUAGCUGGACAGUGCCAUGAUGUGAAUACUGUUGAUACUGAUGAUGUGGAUGCUGAUGAUGUGGAUGUUGAUAAUGUUGAUGCCUCCGUUGAUCAACCAGGGACUGAAAUAGGUCAACUCGAAGCAGUCGUAAAUGCUGGAAUUGGCACAAACCAUGUAAGAAUCAUAUUGAAAUUUGUAACAAUUAGAAAUUUCUAUUCUUAAAGCAAAUUUGAUUUAAAAAGUGUUGUUUCUGUAAAGGAGUAAGUGCACUUUUGUGAUCAGGCUUUUCUGUUGUCUUCCUUAGUGUACAAUUAAUUUUGUGUAACAACCAUACUUGUAAUCUUAAAAAAACCUAUUCAGUGUUUAAAUUAGCCAGAAUGUGUGUCAUGUUACUGAUCAGUGUAAAAAGUUACAGUGAAAAUAUCUAAUUGUAUUUAACAGAAAGGCCUUGAAUUGAAUUUCUACAUAUCAAAUAAAAUCCUGAAGUCAAACAUGUUUAACAUGGACAACAAUGUAUAUUAUAUAGC